ACAAGAACGACGUGUUAUUUAAUAUCCGAAAGAGUCUUACAACCACGUGUCUAGAUUGAGGUCGUAGCAAAUUGGCGACGAGGGUGAAAAUUUCGCGAUUGGAUCCCUUAGUUACUUUGUGUGACUAAGGAAGAAGUAUUAAGUACUUGCAGAAGUUGUGUACGACGUGCACGUGGUGUACAGCGUGGUUAUUAUUAAAGUAGGAUAAUUCGUAUUGAAAACCAGUGACGGGUCGUGCAAGUACCCAACAGUUAAAGUUGAGGGAUUAGUGCAAAAAAUCGCUAGUGUGGGGUCGUGAAAGUACCUAAAAAAGAAAAAAAAAAACAAAAAAGUGAUCAUGCCGGAUGAUAAAACCAACGUGACGGCGACAGCACCGGUGGUUGAAAAAAGAACAAAAGGAAGAUUUCCUGUGUAUUUGGCGGGUCUGAACGUUAACUCAUACCUGCAAACGGUAGAGAUUUACUUCAAGCUUAAUCAAACACCAAAUGAUGAAAAAGCUUUGGAGUUCAUCACGAGUGUUGGCCAAGAAACAGCGAACAGAAUAAUAGGGAGUUUUAAGCCAGAGAAGAUUGUGAACAAAUCUUACGAACAAAUUAUUGAAAAAUUUCAAAAACUACAUGAAGAAAAUAAAAAUGUGUUCGCGGAACGAUAUCGCCUCAUAUCUCGCAAACAAGCGGUGGGUGAAUCUUUAGAUGACUUCGCGAUAGAUCUGCAAGAUAUAGUUGAACAUUGUGGGGUGAAAGUCGAGACCGAAGCGGUGUUAGUGCAAUCGAUUUUUGUGGCCGGUUUAAAAAACGAUAACACGCGUGAAAUCAUGCUGCGAGAAGGAAGCGAAGAGCUUGAUCUGGCAAAAUUGCUGGAAAAAGCCAAAUCGAUCGAAACUGCUACGCAAGAAUCGCGUAAAAUGGCACAACAUGAGAUAGUAGAAGUGAACUACAUCGAUCGACGUGGUGCAAGUGCGGGAUUUUCGCGCAAUGUGGUGAAGAGAAGCAGUAUGGGUGAAGCAACACAUGCUGCUAACAGAAAUGCAGAUUUAUACAACCAUCGGGGAAGCUUUCGGCCAAGUAGUUCAACAGUGUGCUACAACUGUUACAACAAAGGUCAUCUUUCCUACGAGUGUACGUUCCCGAAAUCGAAGAAACCCAGAAACAGCGCACCAACACCGCCAAAAGGAGCAGGAUACAAACGAGCUUACGAAGAGCGGAUCAACCAGCUUACAGCGGCCAUGGAGGAGCUCAAAUCGUCGCUGCAAGAUGAUUCGGAUCUGUCCGAUAAGCAGUCAGCAGACGGAUCGGAGGACGAUUCGCCCAAUCUCGUAAAUAAUGUAAAUAGCUUGUUAUUGGAUCGACAAUAAAAUACGGACAUUCAUACAUCAUCACCAUCAAACUCCGAGCACAGGUGACAACAUCAUACCCAACGAACGAAUUUUUGCAUUUCAACCAAGAACACAAUUUGUAAACCUUAAGUUUAAACCCAGCACUUUCGCUGAGAAUGAUGAAUUGAAAACAAAAACUAAUUUUAAGGUACAAGAUAAAGUGAUCUACACACAAAAAGUAAAUGGUAGAAGAUUCAGCUAUAACGCUACAAUAAUUAAACCAUUAUCUGAACUUGUUUAUCUCAUUGAGGUGGAGGGCUCAAGCCGCAAAGCGCAUGCAAACCAACUUAAGAUUAUUCCACAAAAUCGUUUUGUGCUAAAAAAUAGUGUUGAUUCAGAAAUCUCAAAAAGCACUACUUCAUCCUCUUGCUCAGAAGUAUCAGAUGAAGAAGUCGACACGAAAAAUAAUAACCCAGACUUAGAUAUUUCAAAAAAGAGUGACAAACGAAAGUCUCUUCGCCGCUCAAAAAGAAAACGAAACUAUAAACAUACUAACCUGAAUUUGGAAACAUUAGUUAAGAAAAAGUGAAAUCAAUAUGUCUAAUCUUAAGGGGGGAGAUGAGAGGUAAGAUUAAGAGAGGAUUUCUAGAAGAGAAACCUCACUCUCCUAAGCUUUGUUCAUACUCCAAAUUUACCAAUAAACCAGU